AAGAAGAAAACACGUUAAACUUGACGUGGACUAAAGUAGCUGGUCCACUUCGAAGUAAAUGUACAAAAGAUUUUAGUUAUUAUAGAUUCUAAUAAGUGAAUUGCACGAUAAAUGAAAGGCUGCAUGUCGGUUUUUUGAAAAGACAUGGCUUUAUACCUGAAAAUGUAUGGAAUGUUGAGUGUGGUGCUGUUACCAUUACUAUUAAGUCAGUACACGGACGCGGCGGCGGUGAUUUCAAUCGAUUUCGGCUCGGAAUGGAUGAAAGUCGGUAUCGUGUCACCGGGAGUGCCGAUGGAGAUUGUGCUGAAUAAGGAGUCAAAGAGGAAGACACCGGCGGUGGUUGCGUUCCGGGACAACGUGCGGACAUUCGGCGAAGACGCCGUGACCGUUGGCGUGCGCUUCCCCAAGAAUUCCUACAAGUAUCUCCUGGACUUGCUAGGAAAGCCUAUUGAUCACCCUCUGGUGCAAGCCUUCAGGGAGCGCUACCCAUACUACGAGAUUGUGGAGUCAGCACGAGGUACUCCGGAGUUUGUUCACGAUGAGAACACCAGAUUUACCGUUGAGGAACUCAUUGCCCAGAUGCUGGCUAAGGCUAAAGAGUUUGCUGAAACCAACCAUGGCCAGCAAAUCAGCGAGUGUGUGAUCACGGUGCCGGGAUACUUCAACCAGGCGGAGCGACGGGCGAUGCGUGAAGCGGCCGCGUUAGCGGGCUUGAAUGUUCUGCAGCUGAUCAACGAUUAUACUGCUAUUGCUAUCAACUAUGGCAUAUUUAGGCGGAAGGAAAUCAAUGAGACAGCGUGGCACGCGCUGUUCUUCGACAUGGGCGCAGCGUCGACGAAGGCGGCGCUGGUCGAGUACAAGACCGUCAAGAUCAAGGACAAGGGUUACGUGGACACCGUGCCGCAGCUGCAGGUGCUCGGAGUAGGAUACGACAGAACUUUAGGCGGGCACGAGAUGACGUUGCGCCUUCGCGAACACCUCAUCAAAGCGUGGGAGGCUAAUGGCGGCGGCGACGUCCGCGCCUCGCCCAGAGCUAUGGAGAAACUGCUGCGAGAAGCCGAGAGGGUCAAGAUUGUUCUGUCCGCUAACACUGAACAUUACGCCCAGAUCGAGAGCCUGUUGGACGAUAAGGACUUCAAGUUGCAGGUGACGCGUGCGGACGUGGAGGAGCUGUGCGCUGACCUGUGGGCGCGCGUGGCGGGCGUGGUGCAGCGCGCCGUGGCGGCGGCGGGCGGCGCGGGCGGCGGCGCGCGCCUCGUGCUGGCGGGCGGCGCCGCGCGCGUGCCCGCCGUGGCCGCCGCGCUGCGGGCCGCCGCCCAACACGAGCCCGCGCGCUCCAUCAACGCCGACGAGGCCGCCACCAUGGGCGCCGUCUACAGGGCGGCGUCUCUGGCGACGGGAUACAAGGUGGCCGCGUUGAACGUACGCGACGCCGUGCUGCUGCCCAUACAAGUUGUAUUCACGAGGAACGUCGACGGAACCGACAAACUUAUAAAGCGCACUCUCUUCGGCCCGAUGAACCCCUACCCGCAGAAGAAGGUGAUCACAUUCAACAAACACACCGACGACUUCACUUUCAACGUCAACUACGCUGAGCUCGACCACAUACCAACCAAGGAACUGUUAAACAUCGGUACUUUGAACCUUACCCAAGUGGUCUUAUCUGGUGUUGGCGCAGCACUAGCCAAACAUACAGGUGAAAACGUCGAACACAAAGGAAUCAAGGCACAUUUCAACAUGGACGACUCUGGCAUCCUCAACCUAGUCAACGUUGAGUUCGUCGCCGAAAAGACAGUCACCGAAGACGAAUCCGACAGCACUUUGUCUAAAAUCGGAAGCACCAUCAGUAAGCUAUUCAGUUCCGACUCGGAAACUCCUGAAAAACCCGAGGAAGCUGAACAGAAACCAGAAGAGGCUCAACAUAACGAAACUAAAGCAAAUGAAACUACCACUGACAAGCAGAAUGCUACCGAAACAGACAGCAAAGAAAGCAAGCCCAAGCCAAAGAUUGUGGUACUGAAAGAACCAAUCAAGACAGAAGAACAGGUACUGAAUCUUCAACCGUUGACGCAAGACCAGUACAAGUCUUCCAAGGCGAAGAUCACAGAGCUGAACCAGAUUGACAGGAAACGCGUUGAAAGGGAAACUGCUUUGAAUAACUUGGAAGCGUUCGUUGUCGACGCUCAAAUGAAGAUGGGCAUGGAAGAGUACUCUGAAUGCGGCACUCCGGAGCAGAUCGAGGAAAUCAAGAAGAUUUGUACCGAAGUCUCCGAAUGGUUGUACGAUGACGGAUACGACGCAGAAACCGAGAAGUACAAUGAAAAGCUCGAUGUUCUUAAAGAGAAAACGCAUCCGAUAUUCUACAAACACUGGGAGCACAGAGAAAGACCUGAUGCCAUCGCUGCUAUCAAAAACAUGUUGAACAGCUCCAACGAAUUCCUCAAAAUGGCCAAGAAUUUCACCAAAGAGGCUAACCCUGAAAAAGACAUAUACACCGACGUAGAGAUUGAAGUGUUAGAAAAGAAAAUUGCUGAAACCCAAAACUGGUUGAAGAAAUCUAUCAAAGAACAAGACGCUUUGAAGAAGAAUGAAGAGAUUAAGCUAACAAUCGAUAGCAUAAGAGAAAAAAUGGCGAGCCUCGAUAGGGAGGUGAAAUACUUAGUGAAUAAGAUGAAGAUAUGGCGACCUAAGAAACCUGCGAAGAAGGAAUCUGAGAAUAAAACUGAAACGGUGAUUGAUCCUGAGGAUGAUAAAAAGUCCGGUAACUCUGAGACUCAGGAAGAAAAACCCGCUGAUGAAACACCAGAGCAAAUAGAAGACGGUGAGAAAGAAUUUGUUGAGAACACUACCGAGGAGCCAUUACAGUUAGGAGGCGGUGAUAACGACGAACAUUCCGAAUUAUAAUAGUGAUGUGGGGUAACUAAUUUAAUUUUUUAGUCUAAUUUAUUUUAUAACUUUAUUGUGAAUGGCGUGUUUGCUUUUCGCACUUAAAGUAUAUUUUAGGGAAGUUUCAAUUGAAGACCUCGCCAUAAGAACUGAGCGAGGAAGCGAAUAUGAAGAUCACAAUAUAAAGUGUUUACUUCAAUGGAUUAGAAGUAUUCACUCGAUUGGUGGAAGGGAACAGCUCAUGAAAGACUGUCGGAGUGUUUAUUUACUUAUAACUUAAGGUAUAAGUUUCAAAUUUAUUUUUGUAAAUAUUAUUUCGCGGCACAAACCUGUCAGUAGUGAAUGUUAAGACAGACAUCGUUUAUCGCAGCAGCGUGUUUUAUAAUCACAAUAUAUAUAUAUCUAGUAUACGUAUAAUACAGGGGUUCCCAAAGUGUGUAGAAAGUAAAGAGGGGCGCCCUGAGUUCUAUCAUUCAUUCAUGCAUUCAUCAUCGGAAACCACAAAUAUUCGUAGGUAUCUAUCUGAGCGCUCGCAUCGGUAAAUAAUACAGCGUCGUGUCACUCUUUUUCGACCGUGACUUUAAAUUUACAACGACGGUAGGUACCUACCAAGUUCGCGCGCGUUUUCCUAUCUUCCUCGAAGUAACCUAACAACUUGUGCCGUUACAAAAUACUAAACUUGUAACUGCUUCGCAGGUUGAAAAAGAUUGGGAACCCCUGUUAUAGAAGCUUAAAUGGUGCGGAAAGCGAACGAGUCAAUGGAAAUGCUUAAAAUCUCAACCCUAAGCCGUCUUGUCCUUAUUCCAUGUAUUGUUGGUUAUGUUUGGUUAAGUUUUAUAUCCAAGUUGUGUUUAAAAGCGACUCUCUACCACUUAUAAUUUCGCAGUGCCCCCAAAACCGUACCGAGUAAUGUGAACGUAUUUAUCGUAACUUAUGUAUUGUGAUAUAUAAUGGCUAUAAGUUAGGGUACUCUUCGUGCUAUCAACUGAUAGGCCGGGGUAUGUCUAUGCGUCAAAUGUAAAGAAUAACCUUUUAUUGCAUGUGAAUUGUAUGUAUAUGUACUGCCUUAUAAGCAAAUGUAAUAGUUAUGUUCUUACUUCCAGUAAGAUGGUUUUUUUUUCGAAAAUAGAAUAAUAAUUGAGUUAUUGUAGUAUAAGACUUUCAAUGCAAUCUUCCGUUGCCAAAUCUUUCAUCAUCUUCCACGUAAAGGUUGUUCUUCACAAGUUUAUAGCAUGAAGGAAACCCGCAACGACUUAAUGUUACGUCUGAAGUGAGAUUGUUCAAUACCCAGUCGCAAAAAAUAAAUUAUACAAUGAAUGAACAGAA